UGAUGGAGUAACACACACAUACACGUACGAAACUGAACUCUGCGUUAUGAGUCACGUAAAUUCACAAUUGAAAUACCAAACUGUAUUAUUCGUUAGAUCACAAUAUAAAGACAUAUCGAUAAUGAUAAUAAAUGCUUUUAUAAACUAAUGUCGAGGAAUACCAAGAUGUUGAAUCAGCCUGUUUCCUAUGUACGUUUCACGACAUGUUCCUCUCGCUGACCGUAAAGUAGUGGUGGAAUCGAGCGAGGUAAUAACCCAAAGAUCGCUAGAUAGAUAAAAGAAGAAGGAAACUGAUGAAGAAAGAUUUAAGAAGCUGAGGGAUUCACGCGCCAAUUAGACGUUGCUCGUCUUCCAACCGAAUAAAUCUAAGUAAUUUCAGAGGAAGAGGAAAAUCGUCAAGGGAAAUUUUUAACCAAGAGGAAUGUAUAGGAAAGAAAUAAUUCUGGUACUGGCUGUAUGCUUAUUAAUUGCUGUGGCAGACGCUCAGCUGUCUUAUAAAGAGGGGCAUUGUCCGUUAAGAAACAGCAUUUCAAAAUGCAGUCCAAGAUGCGUUUCGGAUUUUCAAUGCUCUUUUAACAAGAAAUGCUGCCCGAAUAAAUGCGGAAGUGAUUCGUGUGCUCCAGCGAGCGCUGUCAGCACCGGCAAUGGAUACAAAGGAUCAUCGGAUGGCAACGUUUACUGCGCUGGAAUCAAAUGCGGCCCGUAUGAAAAAUGUCAACUCGAUCGUAGAACAAAGCGCGAAAAAUGUACUCGCACGUGAUCAAAUGUUUACAAAAUAAAUGAACAUUUAUUAGUCUUGA